CAAAGCCAAAACAGCUUCAGUAGGCGGCAGGCCUUCAACCAGUGAGGUGGUGUGUGCAAACGCUCGCGGCGCAACAUUAAAAAUAACUGGUGUGUGGCGAGGCGGAAUGGGCGGCGUGCAGGCGGCGGCGUGGUGGCGGGUGGUGGCCGUGAUGGUGGUGGUGGCGGCGGCGGCAGGCGGGGAGGGGGCGCUUCGCUGCUACAAGUGUAACAACUGCAUCAAAUAUGAGCUGAGCCAGUCCCAGACGUGCACCCCCGAGGACACUCGCUGCAUGAAAAUGCAUAUGGAGACGGGGCAAGUCCAGCGAGGGUGUGGUACAGAAGAUAUGUGCACCAACAGUGAGACGAAACUUAAGACACGCUACACUGACGUGUCCUGCUGCUCCGAGGACAACUGUAACUUAGCCCCCAGCCUCCAGCCUAUGUCCAUGCUGCCCCUACUCUUACUUGCACUAUUCCUUCCUGCUGCUAGACGCUUCCUGCACAUGUGCUUCUAACUUGGACCACGCUCUAGUCUGAGAUAGAGGCAGGUCCGCAGGAAACAUGGAGACGCAGGUGACAUGUCUCCCAUCUGCCUUCCUGGUUCGCCAAGGCUUCUGCUGACAUUAUCUUUCCUUGCUAUUUCAAUUACUGUAAUGUUUUUUUUUUUAUGUACAUUUUAUAUUUAUAUAUUUCUAUUUAUUGUUUCGAUAUACAGUAAUUCAAAUAAGUCUGUUAGAAUCCUUUCUAGACACCUACGAACUGAAAUUAUAUACAUUAAGCAAAAGUGACAUUACCUCUCGUUCUCGCGCUCCUAGCUUCCUUCAGUCUUAAGCAGUGGUUCCCAAACCUUGUAUUCUCCUCACGCCCCGUGCAAGGCGUGAAGUCAUGUGCCCAAGAAUAAUUGUUUAAAAGUACUCUAAGAAAAAAAUGUUUGUUAAAAUGUCUCAUGGUUGUUACUGGUUUCGUGUGUUUUAAUCCAAGUAAAUUGCUUUGUUUUGCCAAACAUUACUGGAAUAUAAGCCGUAAAAACGUAUAACUUCAUAUAAACACAAUAAAGUGAGGGGGGGAGGGCGUGCGGAUCUGUUAGACGCAGAAAAAGGAGCGUCAUGUAAGAUAGUUUGGGAACCACUGGCCUAAAGGCUCCUCUGAUUCAGGGAUGUGUCAAUGUAACCUUAAUAUCUCACAGUCUAUUUAUGCAUUGAUUUUCUUGUCUUGCUCUGUUACUUGUGUAGGUGACUUGGGCAGGUGAACCAGGAAAUAUAGUGCAAGGAUUUUUCAGGAUUCCAUCUGGGAACGCUCCUAACUUGUCGGCUUCUGUAUGCAAUGUAUUUUUUAUCGUAGAGUAGCAACUAUAAUGAGUAAAAAAACAAGGCAGUGUCGUUGUAUCACGCGUUUUUAGUACGUACUUGUUUCGAAGUCCGAAUACCUUAUGGAAUAGCUUGUGGAAACAUGUUAUUAAACUCUUUGUCCA